AUGCCGAUAAAGAAAGGAUACGCAGGAUCAGCAGCCAACUUGGCAAAGUGGAGAGAGGAACAGAGAGCAUUGAAAGAACAACAACAACAACAAUCAGAUUUGGUUAUCUACGAUGAUGAUGAUGAUGAUCAUCAACUACCAAUCGAAGAUGCCAAACCAAUAGUGAUAGAGGCAGAAAAGCCCAAGGCCAAGCCUACUCGAGAGUACAAGCCCAGAGUCAACAAGACGGAUGCGUUGGACAAGAAGUUGGACGAGCUGAUGGCCCAGUUCAGUACGCUGUCCAAUAGUAUGCAAAAGGCCAAAGAGGUAGCACCAGAGCCAAUCAUCGCUCAAACUGCUGCCGUCCCAACUAUUCCGAUCGCACAACAACAACAACAACAACAACAACAAGUACGUCCUCCCCUCAAAUCUGAUCUACUCAAACACCGACUUCUGACUAAAUUCUAA